ACCGUGGACACCGGUGACGACUGUCUCCAAGGCAAUAAACGCCAUGUUGUAAUCAAACUCCUCCGUUGACAACGUUAUCUUCUUUAUAUUCACCUCCAAACUAUCAAUAGCUUAUUGGUAUUGAUCUAGUGAAUCGAAUUGUGGUUUAUGGGUCAAAACUUCAUCUAAGACAUUCAUUUACAGCAUUCUGUGCCGUAAUGGCGAAACAUCAGGGCCAAUAUUAAAUGAAGUGGGUUGAUAUCUAAAACAUUCCAGAAACAUGGCACCUGUCACAGAAGGCGUUGAAGGUGGGAAUCCUGGUAACUUGAUACUUUUUAAUACUUGCAAAAACGAGUUGUUCUCCCUGGGUCGAGGUUUCAAAACCUUCAGUCGUAAACUUCGGUCUGACUGGAGAUUCCAAAACAACAAGGACUCGAUUACCGAGGAGAAGCUCGCCAGUGCCCGUGUGUUUGUCCUGGCGGCUCCCCGCGAGAAAUUCACUCAGGAUGAGUUCAAUGUCAUGAAACACUACGUUGCCAAGGGCGGCAAUAUAUUUGUGAUGCUGGGUGAAGGCGGAGAAGACCGAUACGAAAACAACAUCAACUUCCUGCUUGAAGAAUAUGGUAUUAUGAUAAACAGCGACUCUGUUGUGAGGACAUCUUAUCACAAGUAUUUCCACCCUAAAGAAGUGUUGGUACAGAAUGGGGUCCUGAACAGAGCCAUCAGCCAAGCAGCAGGGAAGCUGAACUCAGGACUGAUCAGUGAUUCUGAUGGUGGGAACAAUGCACAAGCACUCUCGUUUCUGUAUCCUUUUGGUGCGACCCUGAAUGUCAUUGCUCCAGCUGUGUCCAUCUUGUCGUCAGGCACUGUGUCGUUCCCACUCAACCGUCCAGUGUGUGCCCUGUAUUCCAGCCAGCAAAGCAAAGGCAAACUCGCCGUUCUCGGUUCUGUACAUAUGUUUAACGAUACUUACUUAGAGAAAGAAGAGAAUCUGAAGAUCCUGGAAGUUCUGCUGAAAUUUCUCACCACAAACAACAUCAAACUGAACCAGAUCGAUGCCGAUGACCCAGACAUAUCUGACUACAACAUGCUGCCACAAAUGUCCACCUUGUCUGAAGAACUGAAGACUUGUUUGCAGGAAACGGACGACAUUCCUCGCGACAUUGCCUCCCUGUUUGACAACUCUCUGUACAAACUGGACACGUCCCUCAUCCCCACAGCGAUUCGGGCCUACAACGAACUGCAUGUGAAGCAUGACACCCUUGCACUGAUCACCCCACAGUUUGAAACCCCUCUCAGUCCACUCCAGCCGGCUGUUUUCCCGUUGGCUCUUCGGGAACUGCCUGCCCCCAGUUUGGAUCUGUUUGACCUCGACGAGCAAUUCUCGUCGGAGAAGGCUCGUCUGGCCCAACUCACAAAUAAGUGCACAGACUCUGACCUUGAGUAUUACAUACGAGAGUGUGGAGAUAUUUUAGGGGUGACCACUAAACUCUCUUCAGAAUCGAAAGAUGCCAAACAUAUACUGGAAUAUAUCUUCCUGCGAGUUGUGGAAUUCAAGAAGCUAAACCAGGAAACUGAAUAUGCAGGUGUUUAAUAUAUAAAAUGAUGCUACAUUACCUUGGAAGAUGUCAAGUGCCUUUCUGUUCUUUACUGCUCUGGGUGACCAUUACAGUAAUAAUUUUCAACUGUCAUGUUACCGUUUCUAACUAGUUACCAAUUGACAGAGUUGUCUCCUCUUGUCCAUUCAUCUGUUCUCUUAACUCUUUGUAAAUACAUUUGACUAGAGACACACAUAGAUUUACAUUUGUAUAUAUAUAUAUAUAUAUAUAAUAAUAAAUAUUAGGGAAUAAAUCCAAAUUUACAGGGAAAAUCAG